AAAAUUACAAACCAGAACUGGAAAUGUCAAAAUACUGCUUUGUGAUUGGUCGAGUGGUGACAGAUUUUGCACACCUGUCGAGCGGACCAGUCAAGAGAGUGUUGCCUUCCCUUCAUACAAAACUACGUUAUCCCCAAAUAGUUUAGUCAUGAGACAAAGAUAAUUAACAAUUCAUUCACCAGUUGUCUAAUAUAUAAACAAUUUACUGGUGGGAUGAAGUCACGGUAGGCAGGCUAGAUACCCCAACGCCCCAUCUCCCGCCUAUGUUGGACUGCCAGAAAGGGCCGGUCAUUUGAAAAUAGUGUUUUCUGUUUGUUCCCUAGGUCAUGAGGAUCGCAUCCUUGGCGGUACUAGUCGCCAUAGGCCUAGUCCAUUUCGAACUAUCGGCGUCGCUGCCCGUGUCUCCAGUCCCCCCUCUGCUUAACAAACUACUCAAGGAUCAGAAUGUAACGCUGGGCUUCAUUCUCAAAGGAUUGCAAGGUCCGCCUGGUAUGAACGGUAUGGCAGGAAUGUCCGGAUCCCCAGGACCUCAAGGACCUCCGGGAUUUAAGGGAGACCCCGGUCCUCCCGGUUUCCCAGGAAGUCCCGGUCUUCCUGGAGCUCCUGGUUUCCAGGGUCCUCCUGGUAUGGACGGCGCUCCUGGCGCUCCCGGUUUACCCGGUCCUGCAGGUUUCCCCGGAGGUAGCGGUAUGCCCGGUAUGCCUGGUAUGCAAGGUCCACCGGGUCCCCCCGGUUCUCCCGGCCCUACACCAAUUAGAUACAACGGCACAGUGAAAUGCGAAGAGGACACAGCCUGGCUGCGAUGUAAUGAGUACAAACACAUAAGCAUAAUCUCCGCUUUCUGGGGAAGACGAAACUUUGGUCUGUGCACAGAGCACACAGGAAACCUACAGUACAACAAAUACUGCCCGACAACGUCUCUCUUUCUCACAAAAGUAAAAGACGCCUGCGAGGGGACGACCAUGUGCGAAAUAAGAUGCACAAAGUUCUUUUUCAACGACCAGUCAUGCACAGACGUAUACAAAUACUUGGAGGUCUACUACAAAUGCAUUGAAGUAAUAAACGGGCACGAGGUUGUCAACGAGGACAACUUACUCAACGCAAAUUUCUUGGGUUGAGCGAGACAGCGAACGAACAAACUUUCUAUUGGACGUAACUUUGCUUCGCUCUUGGCUGUAUCAUUUCACUUUGCUGGAAAAAGAGUUGUAUUUGUAAAAACGGGCUUGCCUGAGGAAAAAAAAAAGCGAAUAAAUCGUAUGACAACCACCAAACGGCGAAGUCCUCGAAUUUCUAAUUCUUCCGCGAAAGAAGACGACAUACAUGGUUAGAUGUGUUUCAAUGCCAUGUGUUAUAUCGAUUUAAGGUAGUUUUCUUUCUGUAAAUGACAUGAUUAAAUCAUCUUCGUAGAAUCGAUCGAUAUUUACUCGGCUCGACUCAUUAUGAAAUUUAACGAAUACAUGACUGUAUUAGUGAGGUAGGGUGUCCAGUUUUAGUUUCUCGACAGUUAUUUUUUUUUGUUCUAUAAAGUCGCCACUAAAGCGUGUGCAAUAAACUGAACAAGGUUACGGCACAGUCCCUCCCGACCUGGCAAGAGAAACCACUAAAGAACGCGAUCACUAGCUGGUUAAAUCGUUUGUGUAUGAUAUAGUGCGAUUUUAUGAUGUAAUCUUCACUCUUAUAUGUAAAUAAACUGGUAAUGGAAUGGUUUAAUGGUGUACCCGCUAGCGUAGUGCUAGAACAGUCAUUCGAAGAUGAUUGCUAUUAUUUGGUGACUGAUCGAGAUACAUGUGAAUGAAAUUCUACUUCAGCAACAUGAAGUACAAGUUUGUCAAUAAACGACGUUACCGUUAUCUAAUGUA